UUGACAUUAUUCAGUAGGUAAUCACUAAAUUCAUUUCAGUCAUUCAAUUCGAACCGAUUUUUGAUUACUCACGAAUUUUUUCUUUCCAAGUAAAAGUUUUGUUUUUAAUUGAAACAAACCGAUAAAGCUAUAAAUAUGUUUUUAACUCGUUCGGAGUAUGACCGCGGUGUUAACACCUUCAGUCCUGAAGGUAGACUGUUUCAAGUAGAAUAUGCUAUUGAAGCUAUUAAGUUGGGCUCAACGGCUAUUGGCAUUUGCACUUCGGAAGGAGUUGUACUGGCUGUAGAAAAACGAAUAACUUCUCCACUUAUGGAACCAACAACUAUUGAAAAGAUUGUUGAAGUUGAUCGUCAUGUAGCUUGUGCUGUUUCUGGACUGAUGGCUGAUUCCAGGACCCUAAUUGAAAGAGCUCGAGUGGAGUGCCAGAACCAUUGGUUUGUGUACAAUGAGAAGAUGACUGUGGAAUCAUGUGCACAGGCUGUCUCCAACUUAGCUAUUCAGUUUGGUGACAGUGAUGAUGACAGUGGCACAGCUAUGUCAAGACCAUUUGGUGUUGCAGUGAUGUUUGCUGGUAUUGAUGAGAAAGGACCUCAGCUCUUCCAUAUGGAUCCAAGCGGAACAUUUGUGCAGUAUGAUGCUAAAGCUAUUGGAUCUGGCAGCGAGGGGGCACAGCAGAGCUUAAAGGAGGUGUAUCACAAGUCUAUGACAUUAAAGGAAGCGAUCAAGUCAUCUCUUACAAUCCUAAAACAAGUAAUGGAGGAGAAACUAUCAGAGAACAAUGUUGAGGUGGUCACUAUGACUCCGGACUCUCUAUUCCACAUGUACACUCGGGAACAGCUGGCUGAGGUUAUAAAAGAUAUACCUUAAGUAUUUUCUAUUUGUACAGAUGGGUGUAAUUAGUUUUUUUUUUAUUAAAGGAAGAAUUAAGUGCAUUUAUAAAUUUUGAUGUUUUAGUUUUUGCUCCAAAUACAUGUAUUUUUCUCUGUAAUACAUUGGUCAAUCAUUGUAGUACCAUUCCCAAAGUGGAACUGUUGGUAAUAUUUUAUAAAGACUUUGUACAUGGGAUGUUGUUCAUUUGUCAAUGUUGGGCUUAACCAAAAUAGUAUUCGAUAAUUUAACUUCAAAUCUAAGAGUCAUUUUCUUUUGGAUUCCCGAAUUUUCCAUUGAAUUCAGAGAUUCUAUCAAAAAUCAAACACCUGUUUAAUGUAAAAGUGGUAUCCUUGUACAUUAACAUCCCAGCUCAUUUUGUGACUGAUUGAGAUGAUUUUAUCAUGGUUUUGAGCCAUUUCGAAUUGGUUUUCUAUGAAAAAAGUAUUGGGUAGGUGGCAACUUUGUUUUUCAAAAAGUACUGUUUGUAUUUUUCUUCACAUAAUAGUAAUGAAGCCCAUCUGUACACUGUUGUUAGAAGUAAUAUUACAAGUAAAUUGUUCUUAGUAACAGUAACUGUAGCUGUUGUUUUAGUUUUAAUUAGUAAUGUGGAAGGAUUAUUAAAUUUUUGAAUAAUUCUCACCACUACGGGCCUUAAAUAAUAACAUACUGUCCUGAUUCUAAAGAAACUAUUAAUUGACCCAAGAGUUUCGCUAAGUUGCUACAAUUUUAUACCUUCUUUAUCAUUGCUGUAUGUAUGUUAUACAAUUCUUGUCAAGUUCGAUUUGGACGUACAUGUACAUACAAAGGGUUCUGUUCCCUUUUGAUGUUUUCUUUUCUUUAUUUUAUGUUGGGUUAUUGGUAUAUUAUAUACUGUUAAAGGUCCUAAAGUGGUCUGGCUACUUGCACCAUAAAUAGCUCAAAUAUCACAUUUGCAAUAUUUUGCAAAUUAUUGCCUACAUUUUCCCCAUUUUGAGUUUAAACUCUUAUCUUUAGACAUGGAGACAAUAUAAAUACCUGAAUGAAACAACAAUGAUGCACUAAGAAUUGAGGAUAAUUUAUUUGUAAUAUUAUAUGGGUGGUGAGAGAUUGUGAACCUUAAAAUAAGUAUCAUGAUAUAAUUAAAGUAUACUUUGUA